AUGCCUGCGCCCAAGCAGCCUUAUCUGGUAGGCGCGCUCUUCGCGGAGCAGAUAAUCAGGCUGGUGGCGGAGCUGCGCUUCUACCUGGGCGGCGAGAACUACACCUCCGGCAGGUACAAGAGCACCCAUUCGAUGCUGUUCGCGCUGGAGGAGCACCUCCGCGCGCUGGACCUGGACGGGCCCUCGGCCGGGGCGCUCCUAGAAGCGAACCCGCGUCCGGUGUCCGAGCUCAUGUUCGAGAUCUGCAGGGCCACGGAACGGGUGGCGGAGGUGGUAGAUCAAAUGAAGGCCGUGGCAAACGAGGCUGGAGCCGGCGGCCGAAACGGUGGCGCCGCCGCCGCCGCCCAGGAGGCCGUCGCGAGGUGGUUGGCCGCUGGUGACAACGCCGUGCUCUGGUUGUGGAUCCCCGUCGGGACCCUCGCGACCCUUUGCCAACGAGGUAAACCCUUGCUCGACUCCACGCGACGGAGAGUGGCUGAACUGGAAUUGCUGAAGAAUAGAGAGCCUGCUCUUCCUGUUCCUCCUGAAAGCGUCGAGCAUGCCGCCGUUUGCGGCGGUGGAUGA